CCCAAAAACCACGUAUAAAUAAUACUCCGUGAAAGUCUUACUUCCCCGUCUUCUUCCCUUUUGGGACUUUUUCAUUUAUCCGACUCUGUUUCAAAAACCAGGGGCUCCUCACACGAAUUCAAGGAAAACCCUAAAAAAAUCAGCUUCUCAAACCCCAAUUCUUCUGUGAAAACCCUAAAAACUUUCAAGUUUUAUCCUCUAAUGGCGUAUGUUGAUCAUGCCUUCUCGAUUACAGAUGAAGAUAUCAAUGGUCCUUCUUAUGUUGCUCACAAUAGGCCCCCUAUCAAGGAGAUUGCCCUAGCUGUGUCUUUACUGAUAUUUGGAACCCUAGGGAUCAUAGUGGGGAUUUUUAUGGCUUAUAACAGAGUUGGAGGCGACAGAGCUCAUGGCUUCUUUUUCUCAAUUUUGGGUUCUCUUCUAUUUAUACCGGGGUUUUAUUAUACAAGGAUUGCAUAUUAUGCUUACAAGGGUUACAAAGGAUUCUCCUUCUCCAACAUUCCACCUGUCUAGUAGUGAUGGAGCCAGCGCAAUGGCUGAUGUGUGUGUACAGCUCGUUAUCCUGAGGCAUUGUCCCCUCUUUUAUUUUUUCUUUAUCUGUUUUGAUACACUACUAUGUAAAUGCUUACUCUGGGUAGUAUGUUGAAUGAUUUUCUAGCUGUAAAGUAAUCCCAACUUAGUGGUUCCAUGGUUUUCUGUUUAAAAGAAGCUCAUUUGGAGUGGGUAUACUAAGUACUGGGUUGCAUUUUCUUUUUUCUUUUUCUUUUUUUUUUCUCUUUUUGGACAAUACUGGGUUGCAUUUUGAUAUUCAAACUUGGGUAAACUUGAGUUUGUUAUGAUAUCUUAUACAUUUAUGUUGUAA